AUGUCAUCUAAUCGACUAAAUCAAGAGCAACCCGGACUCGUGCCUCGCUUCAGCGAGUAUGAUACCGGCCCUGAGGCCGUGCAGCCUGAUAAUAGGAACUUCUUUUCUAGGAUGGCCAAUAAUACUGAACACCGAUAUGCAUCUGUCUUUGUUGCGAACAACAGUGACAAUGUAACAGAGACAGAUCAAAAAAAACGUACCCAGCGAAAGCGCCACUGUGGAAUCCCGUUCCCAACUUUGUUGAUUGUUCUGGUCGCUUUCAUCUUUGGCGGCGCGUUUGGAGGAGGGCUAGGAGGUGGGAUUGCAAGAAAAGAAAGUUGCAAAAACAAACCAAUUUCUACCCCAACCGUCAUCUUGACCCCAACCAACACCUUACCUCUCGACCUGACAUCUGGUCCCACUCAAACCGCCUGUCCAUCCACCCAAAAAUUCACACCGUUCAACCCUGCCACCAAUGACGUCUACAUCCUAAAUUCCACACCCAGCGUGUUCGCCCUUCAUUGUCUAUCCGACCUCUACAAUUCUGACCGCGCCGGGAGCCAGCCCCACAUGUUUCAAGAACUCUACAACAUUAGUACCAUUGAAAACUGUGUUACAGCUUGCGCCCAGUAUAACUAUCAGCUUCCUGGCUUUGCAGGCUUUGACGGGAGUACCGGAGAACCUUCACCGUAUGGCCGGCCUCCAGAUUAUGGCAGUUUCCAAGGCGCACCACCUGGCGUUGCACUUCCUCCGGGGAUGGCUGCUCCUGGAACAUCUGCGCCUCCAGGUAUGCAACAGGCGAAUUCGCAACAACCUGGCGCCCUCGGCGGGUUCCCUCCAAAUUUCCAAAUGCCUGCCAAUAUGCCUAACAUCAACUUCUCUGCCCCGGUCAUUCGACUAGGUACUUCCGGACCAUCGAAACCUUCUGACAUCUUGGGUGGACGUGAUGACCGAGAUAGAGGAGGUCGGAGAGCAGGGUUAGGUUCUGGUCCAAAUCAAGACUCGCGACCGAUGGGCCGAGAACCUAUGGUACAGCUUGUACCGCCUUCAAAAGAAGAAAUCAUACGCACGGUCUUUGUGGGUGGUAUUACAGAGGGAGCAGGAGGUGACGAAGGCAUUGAGCGGAUAUUAAGGGCAGCUGGAAACCUACAUAGAUGGACACGCGCGACGGAUGCAGACAACAAAGCAUGCAAGUUUGGAUUUGCAGAGUACGAAGACCCCGAAAGUCUCAGUACAGCCGUUGAAGUACUAAGAGACGUUGAGGUACCCAUGAGAAGACAUUUACCAAAGGAAGUGAAGUCGGAGGAUGAAGAGGACAUUGAGAAGUCAAAACUACUAGUCGUUGUUGACGACAACUCAUUGAACUAUCUACAACAAUGGGAAGACUCUAGAGGAGGGCCAGAUACUGCUCAGACUCAAAUGCGGUUGGAUCAUGCCCGAAACGCUCUUCAAGCCGUUUUGUCUGAUCUUCAACACCCAUCAGUGCCCACCCAAAAGGAUGAAAUGUCAGGCAUUGACCGAGAUGGAGACUUCAACAUGGAAAAUGUACUACCGGAUGGAUCGAAUGCCGAAAUUGUUACGAUUCCUAUCACCGUCGAUGAUGAGCUCUCAGAUAUACCUGCCGAAAUGCGCGAGACAGUGGCAAAGGAAAUCACAGCCUUUCGAGAUAGAAGUGUACGGAGGGAUCUGGAGCGUUUGAAGAGAGAAGAAGAGCUCGAAGCAUUGGAAAGAACACGGAGUCUCAAUGGGCCUCGACCGAGCAGGCUGGCGUCCCCUCCUGUGGCUGCACCAAGUGGUCCUGCUGGCGGUGCUAAUGGCAUUCCUGUCGGUCCAAGGGAGCGUCCUCUGAACGCACCCUCAGGUCCGAAAGCCUUUGGCCAACAGAUACCUCGUGACUACCAGAAAGGAGUCGCUUUUGUCAACGGUACUGGUAUUAACGGUGCGGCAACCGGAUGGAUCAAUCACGAAGAUGAAGAUAGCGAAGCUAGCGAUGAAGAACUCGAGCGGAGGAGGAAAGCUAAGAAAGAUGCCGAGCUCGAAAAGCAAUAUCUCGACCAAGAACGAAGGUGGCUGAAUAGAGAACGAUCAAGAACAGCAGCUGUAGAGCGAGAAAAAAAUCGUGACAGGGAAGAAGAUGGUAAGACCGACAAGGAAAAAGAGGCCAUGGCUACCCGACUGAAAGAGUGGAACGAUGAUAUGGAAGCGACUCGCAAAGUAGAAGAAUACUACCUUGAUCGGGGUACGUGGAUCAGAAACCGAGCCGCCUUUCGGAGCAGAGAAGCUGCUCUGGAUGACGCCGACCGAGAAGCUGAGAACAGGGAUCUCGCACGUGACUAUCAACAACGGGAACGGGCUGGUGCCAUGGCUGACGACUUCCUCAACCGUCAAGCCGACGAGAUGGAGAGUAAAAUGCCCGCUCGUGAGCCGCAGAGAUUCAAGCUUAGCCUUGGUGCAGCUGCACAGAAAGCACAGACAGCAACCCAACCUCGUCGGACAGCCUUCGAAGUUGAAGGUCUUCUCGAAGAUGAAGAAGAGGAUGAUAGCAGAGACAAAAGGACACUUAUUCCUAUCCAAUUCGACAGCGCAGCAGAAACGGCAGGCCUUAGUGAGGAAGAACGAGCCCAGGCUGCCAGACAGCUUGCUCAAGAUAUUCCAACAGAUAAAGAUGGUUUAUGGGAUUGGGAAGUCAAAUGGGACUUUGUGGAUGACGCUGUUAUCACUGAACAGCUUAGACCGUUUGUGGAGAAGAAGAUCAUGGAGUAUUUGGGGGUUCAGGAACAGAUGUUGGUGGAUGUUGUGGAGUCACACCUGCGAGGGAGAGGUGGGCCGCAGCAGCUGGUGGAGCAGCUGGAAGGGGCGUUGGAUGAAGAAGCCGAAGUGCUGGUCAAGAAGUUGUGGAGGAUGGUUAUCUUCUUUUCGGAAUCGGAGAAGCGUGGCUUGUCGACAUAG